GUCCAUAUAAAACUGAAGCGCCAGGACCUCUCAAAGCUCUACGCGAGAUAGCGUUAAGCGCGUGUCACACCCGAGCUCAUCGCGAAUAAGUGCCAAACUAGGUUUGAAGAUGUACAGAACAACUAGAUCACCAAUGAUGCAGCCCCUGGUCAACUCGGGAAUGGGCAUCGCUCCUUUCUUCAAGGUGACUGUGUUUGAGCAGGAGCACUUCCAGGGCAAAUGUCAGGAGUUCACCUCCGAGUGCUGCAACAUUCACGAGUGUGGCCUGGACACCGUCCGCUCCAUCAGGGUGGAGAGUGGAGCCUGGGUGGGAUUUGAGCACCACGACUUCCAGGGACAGCAGUUCAUCCUGGAGAGGGGAGAGUACCCCCACUGGGACGCCUUCAGCGGCUCCCUGUCCUACCACGUGGAGCGCCUCAUGUCCCUGCGCCCUAUCUACUGUGCUUCCCACAUGAGCAGUCGUAUGAUGAUCUUUGAGAAGGAGAACUUCAUGGGUCGCAGCGUGGAAGUGUGUGACGACUACCCCUCCCUGCAGGCCAUGGGGUGGUCCAUGCCCGAGGUCGGAUCCAUGCACGUGCAGUGUGGCGCCUUCGUGUGCUACCAGUACCCCGGCUACAGGGGGCAGCAGUACAUCAUGGAGUGUGAGAGGCACAGCGGAGACUACCAGCACUGGAGGAACUGGGGCUCCCACUGCCAGACCCCCCAGAUCCAGUCCAUCCGCCGCAUUCAACACUGAGAGGGCCGGAGGCCCAUGGACGGCAACGCCCCCUACCACCCCCCCAGACCCUGCUCCCUAACCGUGGCCCCCACCCCCAGGCUCACCAUGACGUGAGGAGCCUAGCGAUUGCCCACAUAGUACUUACUGACACACACAGAGCCGCUCUGAGAAACGAUAAGAGACUAUAUGUUAAAGCACAGGAGCACGCACACACAUUGACUUGACUGACAGCCACUGUCUUUUUAUCAGGUUAGAGCCCCCCCUACACACACAAACACACAUCUGGGCUACUCCACCUAAACCCCUCUGUACAGGUCACCUGGGCUGUUCCCCCUAAACCCCUCUGCCCAGGUCACCUGGGCUGUUCCCCCUAAACCCCUCUGCCCAGGUCACCUGGGCUGUUCCCCCUAAACCCCUCUGCCCAGGUCACCUGGGCUGUUCCACCCAAACCCCCCUCUGUCCAGGUGACCUGGGCUGUUCCACCCAAACCCCCCUCUGUCCAGGUCACAUGGUCAGAUUCCCAUGUUGAGAUGGUUGGUGCUGUCCUCAGGGAACAGGUCGGCACUGUGGUGCAGCUUUGACGUCAGGUUGUGUGUAGGAGGUUGAACCAAAGGUUAAUUAAUAAACUCAUGUUUACUUCA